GCCCAAUUUAAAGUGAUUCCGGAAGGUGUAGGUUGGCUUCUAGAGGUCCAACUGGCUGAGGUCAUGGUGAGUUAAGAACAGGCAUUUGUCUCUGUGACUGGCAAAUCCAGCAAGCUAGGUCAGGUAAACAAUCAGGAUUGCUACUGAUCCAAUGACUCAAUCGUGGCCAGAGGAGCCAAACUGGUUUUUGUCGUGGAUGGGAGUUUUGAGACUCCACGAUACAGUGUCGGAGAAUGUCAGGGUUGACGCGGCGGGAGCUUGCGGACUCUGGGAGUUUGUGGGUGGCACAAGCAACGAGGGUGGCGCGGCGCUUCCAUUGAGAGCCGGAAUCCAACGAGACGGGUUCCUGAGACAACCGUCGCUGUGCUGCACGCCGUUGCUGCGACAGUGCCAGCUCCGCAGAUCACAUCAGGGGACCAGACGAAUGCGCCGGUGACGGCUCCAGUGGCGAGCUUCCUGACAAGCACGAGCACUAGCUGGACGACGGUGACGGCCACA